UUAAGUCGAGAGAGAGAAGGGAGAGUGUUGUGUUGUGUUGUGAUCUUAUUUGUUUGUCGAAAUCUGGGAAUCAUCUUAAUACUCUCUCCUCUUCCUUUCCUCGAUUUGCCGUCAGAAAAAAAAACAACCGGCGAACUCAAUCGUAAUUGAUUUCUAGACGUGCCCCUGAUCGUCGGAUCAACCAUUGAACCUAGUUUAGGAGUGUUUUGUGUGAAUCGGAGAGAAGGAGGGAAUGAACGGUGACGAUGAGGAGAUGGUCGCAGCUUCGGUUGAUCCAUAUCUGCCUCUGGAAUGGAGAUUCUCUCAGGUCUUCGGUGAACGCAGCGCUGGUGAAGAAGUUCAAGAAGUUGAUGUGAUUUCAGCAAUCGAGUUUGAUCAUUACGGCGACCAUCUUGCUACUGGGGACCGUGGAGGACGUGUUGUUCUCUUCGAGAGGAGCGAUGUCAGAAAUAGCAGUGGAGGAGCUAGAAGGGAUCUUGAAGAAGCUGAUCACCACCCACUGAGGCAUCAGGAGUUCCGUUAUAAAACAGAGUUUCAGAGUCAUGACCCUGAGUUUGAUUAUCUCAAGAGUUUGGAGAUAGAGGAGAAGAUCAACAAAAUUAGAUGGUGUCAAACAGCCAAUGGCGCUCUUUUUCUCCUUUCCACAAACGAUAAAACCAUCAAGUAUUGGAAGGUUCAAGACAAGAAGAUGAAGAAAGUUUGUGAAGUAAAUUCAGAUCCUUCAAAAACUGGAGCGCUCGCAAGCUCUAGCAAUCCAAGCAUUACAACCGCGUGCCUUGGGAACGGAGGAGUAAUCUCAUCGCUGCGGUUCCCAGUGGUAACUAGCCAUGAGUCGAGCCCUGUGGCUAGAUGUCGGAGAGUCUAUUCUCAUGCCCAUGAUUAUCACAUCAAUUCCAUCUCAAAUAACAGCGACGGAGAAACAUUUAUUUCGGCUGAUGAUUUGCGAAUAAAUCUUUGGAAUCUGGAGAUUAGCAAUCAGAGUUUCAAUAUCGUUGAUGUCAAGCCUGAGAAAAUGGAAGAUCUAUCUGAGGUUAUCACAUCAGCAGAGUUUCAUCCUACUCAUUGCAAUAUGUUAGCUUAUAGCAGUUCCAAAGGCUCUAUUCGCCUGCUUGAUCUGCGCCAAUCAGCUUUAUGUGAUUCACAUUCCAAAUUGUUUGAGGAACCAGAGGCAGCAGGUCCUAAGUCGUUCUUCACUGAGAUAAUUGCUUCAGUGUCAGACAUCAAAUUUGCAAAAGAAGGAAGAUAUCUCCUUAGCCGUGACUACAUGACACUCAAGUUAUGGGACAUCAACAUGGAUUCAGGUCCGGUAUCAACUUUCCAGGUUCAUGAGUAUCUGAAACCGAAGCUCUGUGAUUUAUAUGAAAAUGAUUCCAUCUUUGACAAGUUUGAGUGUUGCAUAAGUGGCAAUGGACUGCGAGCAGCUACAGGUUCUUACAGCAAUAUGUUCCGUGUGUUUGGUGUUUCCCCCGGAAGUACUGAGUCUGCAACUUUAGAAGCAAGCAGGAAUCCUAUGAGGAGACAUGUCCCAGUUCCCUCGAGGCCAUCCAGACUAGGCAGUAUAGCGCGUGUUGUAGGUAGAGGAUCAGAGAGUGCAGGAGGAGUCGAUGGGAGUAGCAAUGCUCUUGAUUACAAAACAAAGUUGCUGCAUCUUGCUUGGCAUCCAAAUGAGAACUCUAUUGCUUGUGCCGCUGGAAAUAGCUUGUACAUGUACUAUGCUUAGCCACAUUACUCAGCCCAAAAAAAAGGAAAUCGCUGUAUACAUCAUCAUCAUUGAUCACAUAAGCUCUUUAAUCAUCAUGCUGGACUUGUGCACCUGGAAACUACUUUACAGGAUCAAGAAAGAAAGAGGUGAAAAUCCGAUUGAAAGAAAUCGUGAUUUUAGUAAAAGCUAAUCUCAUAUGACUUUUGGAUUGGAUAUAAGAUUAGUUUAUUUUACAAUCUUUUCUGUAAUCAUUGUUUUAUUGAUUCUUUUUUGUUAAACUUGUUUCUACUCUGUUGACUUAUUAAAAUGAGCA